CCGUUUUUUGUUUCCCCUGCUGUUUCGUUGCCUGCCCCCGUCGUUGCCGGUACACGCUUGUCACGGUUUUCCCUUGCAGGCCGGCGGCUGAGGCGCCCGGCGGCGGCUGGGCCUCCGUCCUUGCGCCCACCCAUCCGUUCCGGCUGCUCCGGCCUACCACCGGGCCGCCGCGGGAGGUGACGCCGGCAGCCGGGCCCCCGUCGCUGGGGCACCCACCGUCCUCGCUAGCUCAGGUGGGAUUUGUUAAAUUUCUGAAAUGACAGAAAGUUGGGUACAAGACUUGAAGCACACUUCAGCUCCAGAAUCAGUUUCUACACAUGAAGCAUCAACAGCAAGAAGAUCAAGGCAAAGAAACAUUUUUGAUCUAUUAGCUCAGCGGGAGAUCUCACCUCGAACAAAACACCAAGCUAAAAAUCAGUGGACCAAAGCUCCAAGGAGUGAUGCUGGUUACAAUGAAUUAGAAUUUUGGGUUACAGAUGCUCAGCAUGAUCUCCAUUAUUGGGCAGAAUCACAGUCUUUGCACUGCUGGUGUGCCAAAUAUUGCCCUCUUUUGCCUGCUUCAAGGGCAACUAUUGCAGCUGCAUUCAGUCCAGAUGGAAGAGUACUUGCAUCCACACAUGGUGACCAUACUGUUAAAAUAAUUGACUGCCAAAUUGGGAAAUGUUUGAAAGUAUUGCAAGGGCAUCAGCGCACUCCAUGGGUGGUUAGAUUCCAUCCUCUGCAUUCUGAUAUUCUUGCUAGUGGAAGUUUGGAUUGUGAAGUUCGUCUCUGGGAUGCUAAAACAUCACACUGCACUAGAGUACUUGGCUUCUAUAGGCCAAUUGCGUCAAUUGCAUUUGAUGCAACGGGGGAGCUUCUGGCAGUUGCAUCAGGUCACAAAUUGUUCAUAUGGGACUACAAUAAAAGAGGUGAAGCUUUAGACCCUCCAAUGAUACUAAGAACCCGCCGUUCACUAAGAGCUGUGCAGUUUCACCCCCAUGGUGCUCCAUAUCUACUUACGGCAGAGGUUCACAACCAUGAUUCUGAAGAAUCAACAAUGACCCCUGCACUUCUGAACAAUUAUGCCUUCAGAGACAUACCUCUCCUUGGCAGUUCUGGGGUCGAUAACUUGAUCGGUGAACUACCAUACACACAUAAUUUUGGGCAUGUUGGCGCUUCUUCAUCAGUUCCAGUCAAUGCUGGCAGUUUUGAUGGGUCAAGGCAACAUGGUGCCCCACACCAUCAACUGAUGACCUCUGUACCUGGGGUUGGGGGUUCCCUUCUUGGUACUCAUGCUGUCUCAUUUGGUGUUGGGUCAGAGCGAGCUACCUCUCUGCUUGAUAGUGGCACUGAAUUACCUUGUACGGUGAAACUAAGAAUUUGGCGCCACGACAUCAAGGAUCCAUUUAUUGCAUUAGAGCCUGGGGCAUGCCUCUUGACAAUUCCUCAUGUCGUACUUUGCAGUGAAAUGGGUACCCAUUUUUCCCCCUGUGGACGAUUUUUGGUUGCUUGUGUUGCAUGUGUGCUGCCACAAAGAGAUGGUGACCAUGGAAGUCAGUUGCAUGAACAUUAUGAUUCUGCUGGGGCUGGAACAUCACCAACUCGUCACACACUUCCCUCUCGCCAAAUUGUAUAUGAGCUUCGGGUUUAUUCACUUGAGGAGGCAAUGUUUGGGACAGUUCUUGCAUCUAGAGCAGUAAAGGCUGCUCACUGUUUAACUUCUGUCCAGUUUUCACCUACAUCAGAACACAUACUAUUGGCAUAUGGUCGGCAUCAUAACUCACUGUUGAAGACCAUUUUAAUUGAUGGGGAGACCAGAGUUCCUUCGUACAGAGUCUUGGAGGUGUAUAGAGUUUCAGAUAUGGAGCUUGUAAGAGUUCUUCCUAGUGUUGGAGACGAAGUCAAUGUUGCAUGUUUUCAUCCUUCCCCUGGAGCAGGUCUUGUUUAUGGGACUAAGGAAGGGAAGCUUAGGUUUCUUCAAAACAAAAUGGUGCAAGCAUGGGCUUGAAUUCCUCUACUGGGGACAAUAUUCAUGAGAUUUAGAGGCUUGUGCUGUGAAUGUAAUUCUGGGCAUAUUAACUGCAUCUCUGCAUCACAUGCUUAUGGUGCUGAACCUUCUCUUCAUAACUGCUUUUGCAACAUCCUGGAACAGGUGAUGGUGGAUUCAUAUUGCAUGGACAUGAAGACAGCCUCUGCGUUCCUGAAUACUAACAGCCAAGGAGGCCCAAGCCCAAUCCACGCUACGCAGGCCCAGAAUGGCGUAACUGAAGCUCAAGCCCACACGCCUUCGUCGAGCGUUGGCGGCGCUGAAGAUCAUACAUGAACUGAUCGGUUUCAGAAUGAACUCAGGAAAUUUGUAAUAGGAUUAGUUAAUCGGCCGGCGUGUUGCCGGAGUUGAACGGCGAGCUGUUGCUUGAGAACUCGAUACACUGUCCUACUACCAAUUCCUCGCUAUCCCAUAUCGCUACCAUUACACAAUAUUGCAAAUAGCCCGCUAUAGCUACGCUAUAAUUACACAAUAUUGCAAAUAAUCCGCUAUAGCUUUUAGAGACGGGCAGUGUAAUGAUAUUGCAAAUAUUAUCGCUAAUUCCGCUAUAGCUUGAAAUAGCGCCGCUAAAUUCAAUAGCGCAAUGCUUCUAACUCCGCUAUAGAUUAUAAAUCAUAUAUGCACAUGUAAUUUAAGAAUAUUUAUAGGUUA